GGGGGGGGGGAGGAGAGGGCGGGUAUAAAUUAACGGAGUUUGAACCAAGCAAGGCGAGCCAGGAGCAGAAGCAACCGGAUGCCACCAGAUCAUUCUGAAAAAUGUUUGGAUUUUUAAAGCAGCCAAUUGUCUUUUCAGUGGAAAUCAAUGUUAACCUGGUGGUUUUGACUGUAGUUGGAUUGAUCAGCCGGCUGUGGGCUCUGUCCUAUCCCAGAGCUGUAGUUUUUGAUGAAGUUUACUACGGCCAGUUUCUCUCCUUGUACAUGAAGCGGAUAUUUUUCAUAGAUGAUAGCGGGCCGCCGUUCGGCCACAUGCUUUUCGCUUUGGGAGGUUAUUUAGGGGGAUUUGAUGGAAAUUUCUUGUGGAACAGGAUAGGAGCAGAAUACAGCUCCAAUGUGCCCAUCUGGGCUUUGCGGCUGCUACCUGCCGUAGCUGGUGGCUUAUGUGUUCCCUUGGCGUACCAAAUACUGGUUGAGUUACAUUUCACCCAUUUCGUUGCCCUGGGUGCUGCAGUCCUAAUUUUACUCGAAAAUUCACUAAUUACUCAAUCCCGGUUGAUGCUGCUGGAGUCAAUUUUAAUUUUUUUCAUCCUGCUGGCAGUUUUAUCUUAUCUGAAGUUUCACAACACGCAGAAACAAAGCCCCUUUUCUGCAAGAUGGUGGCUUUGGCUGUUACUAACAGGGGUCUCCUGUUCCUGUGCAGUUGGAGUGAAAUACAUGGGCCUCUUCACUUACCUGCUCAUUUUGAGCCUGGCGGGGAUCCAUUCCUGGCAACUGGUUGGUGAUCGCUCCUUAUCCAACGUCUCCCUGCUGGGGCAUUUCUUGGCCCGGGUUUUAGCUCUCCUCAUCCUCCCGGUCGCUCUCUACCUCUCGUUUUUCUACAUCCACUUGGUUUUGCUGUACCGCUCCGGUCCCCACGAUCAAAUCAUGAGCAGCGCCUUUCAAGCUAGCUUAGAGGGAGGGCUUUCUCGCAUCACUCAGGGGCAGCCCUUGGAAGUGGCUUAUGGUUCCCAGAUUACUUUGAGGAAUAUCUUGGGCAAACCCUUACCGUGUUGGCUUCAUUCCCACCGGAAUACCUACCCUAUCAGGUAUGAAAACGGACGAGGCAGUUCCCAUCAGCAGCAGGUGACCUGCUAUCCUUUUAAAGACGUGAAUAACUGGUGGAUCAUCAAGGAUCCUGGAAGGCAGCAGCUGGUAGCUAGCAACCCGCCAAGGCCUGUGCGACACGGCAACCUUGUGCAACUGGUCCACGGAAUCACAACCCGCUACCUUAACACGCAUGACGUGGCUGCGCCCCUCAGCCCACACUCCCAGGAGGUAUCGUGUUACAUCGAUUACAACAUUUCCAUGCCCGCUCAGAAUCUCUGGAGGGUGGAAAUUGUGAACCGCGACUCGGAUAAUGAGAUUUGGAAAACGAUCCUGUCCGAAGUCAGACUGGUCCACGUCAACACGUCGGCCGUCUUAAAGCUCAGCGGAGCCUCUCUCCCCGAGUGGGGGUACCGACAACUGGAGGUGAUUGGCGAGAAGAUCUCCAAGGGGUACCACCAAAGCAUGUUGUGGAACGUGGAGGAACACCGAUAUGGGAAAAGCCAUGAGCAGAAAGAGAGGGAGGUAGAAUUGCAUCUGCCCACUCAGAUCAACAUCAGCCAGAAUCUCACCUUCAUUGCCAAGUUCACCGAACUGCAGUGGAAGAUCCUCACCCUGAAAAACGAGGACACGGAACAUAAAUACAGCUCCUCUCCCUUGGAUUGGAUCACCCUGGAGACCAACAUCGCUUACUGGUUCCAUUCCAGCUCAGGGGCUCAAAUUCACCUUCUGGGCAACCUCGUCAGCUGGACAUCGGCCAACGUAGCCACCGUCGUCUACGUGACUUUGUUCCUGGGGUACCUGCUCCGCCGCCGGCGGAAUAUCCGGGAUAUCCCUGAAGAGACUUGGCAGCAGUGGCUCCUGGCCGGAGGGAUCUGCGUGGGCGGAUGGGCCGCGAACUACCUGCCUUUCUUCCUGAUGGAGAAGAACCUCUUCCUUUACCAUUACCUGCCGGCCGUCACUUUCCAAAUCCUCCUGAUCCCCAUCGUUCUGCAGCACACCAGCGACUUCCUCUGCAGUGGUAGCAUGAGACGGAGUCUACAACGCACACAAGUGGCUCGGGUAGCGCAGCUCAUCCAGGAUGGCACAUCGAUGCGAGCUGUGGCGAGAAGCUUUGCUGUGUCUGUCAGCAUAGUGUCCAGAGCAUGGAGGCGCUACCAGGAGACAGGCCGGUACAUCAGGAGACGGGGAAGAGGCCGUAGGAGAGCAACAACCCAGCAGCACGACCGCUACCUCCACCUUUGUGCAAAGAGGGACAGGAGGAGCACUGCCAGAGCCCUGCAAAAUGACCUCCACAAAUAACAUAACAUAAUAACAGAGUUGGAAGGGACCUUGGAGGUCUUCUAGUCCAGCCCCCUGCCCAGGCAGGAAACUCUACACCAUUUCAGACAAAUGUACAUGUAACUGGUCAAACGGUCAGAAACGGACUCCAUGAGGUGUGGAGGUGUGAGGGCCCGACGUCCACAGGUGGGGGUUGUGCUUGCAGGCCAAUACCGUGCAGGACGUCUGGCAUUUGCCAGAGAACACCAAGGUCGGCAACUUCGCCACUGGCGCCUUGUGCUCUUCACAGGUGAGAGCAGGUUCACACGGAGCACGUGUGAAAGGGUCUGGAGACACCGUGGAGAAAGUUCUGCUGCCCUGCCCUGCCCUGAUUUGGGGGGCAACAGAAGGGUUGGGGACCCCUGCUAUAUUGAUUUUUCCUUCUAUGCAUUAAUUUGUUUCAGGAAUAUAGAUAUUUUAGAGAAAGUGGCUUCUAUUCCUUAUUGUUUGCUUCUGCAAGUUCCAUUAAGAUUCAGGCUUAACUCUUCUCACUUCCUUUGCUUGAUUCAACAAUUCCCAAUUCAAUCACAUCACAAAACACAUCACAUCAGGAAUAAGAGUAAACAUCUGCUAUGAUUAUAUUGUUGGAUUGUUUUCUGAAUUUCACUGAAAUGAAUGGAGCCCCAAAUACUUGUAGUUAACAUUCACACUUUCUGGUAGAGAACAACAUUUGCCAUUCACUUUUAAAGAUUAUUAGCCAAAUUUUUAUUUCUUCCAAAGAAAACAAUUUUUCACAUUUUCCUUUAAAUCAUCAGUAAUUUAUUUCAGUCUCUAAACAAAAGAGGUACUAGUUUCAUGGUAUUGAUGUUACGAGAACAUGUUGCUACAGAUAAUUCAGUGGUGCUAGGCAGCUGAUCACUAGGCAGUAAUGGUGUGGGUUGGCAUUUCUUUAGGGGGGGGGCCGCACAGCCCUCCAUGGGCUCGCCAGAGGUAGCCUGACUGCCAUUAGGUACCGGGAUGAGAUCCUCACACCCCUUGGGAGACCAUAUGCUGGUGCGGUUGGGCCUGGGUUCCUCCUCGUGGUGGUUCAGGCUGUGAGAUGGGCCGUGGUGGCUCAGGCUGUAAGAUAGCCUGUUAUUAAAAACACAGCUGCCUGCAAUUACUGCAGGCUCGAAUCCCACCAGGCCCAAGGUUGACUCGGCCUUCCAUCCUUUAUAAGGUAGGUAAAAUGAGGACCCAGAUUGUUGGGGGGGCAAUAAGUUGACUUUGUAAAUAUAUACAAAUAGAAUGAGACUAUUUCCUUAUACACUGUAAGCCGCCCUGAGUCUUCGGAGAAGGGCGGGAUAUAAAUGUAAAUUUAAAAAAAAAAAAAAAUGCUAGACCUCAUGGGGCUGGAGUAAGUCAGCAGUUCCUGCAAGACGAAGGCACUGAUGCUAUGGACUGGCCCUGGAUCCAACUGACCACAUCUGGGACGUCGUGUCUCGCUCCAUCCACCAACGCCACGUUGCACCACAGACUGUCCAGGAGUUGGGAGUUGGGAGGAGUUGGGAGUUCCAGGAGUUUAGUCCAGGUGUGGGAGGAGAUCCCUCAGGAGAGCGUCCGCCACCUCAUCGGGAGCCAUGCCCAGGCGGUUGUAGGGAGGUCAUAAAGGCACGUGGAGGCCACACGCACAACUGAGCUUCAUUUUGAUUUGUUUUAAGGACAUUACAUCCAAGUUGGAUCAAAACUGCUGUCAUGUCACCCCUAGUCUUCCUUUCCAUUAAAUUACACCUACCCAAUUCCAGCGACCGUUCUUCCGCUGUUUUAGCCUCCCGAAUCAUCUUG